AUGUUAAUUAUUUCUGAAACAGCAAAAAAGUCCAUGAAAGCAAUUUGGAUGAAAUGGACUGAAACAAUUUUAAUUGAAGAUUUAAAUUUUUCUUUGGAGGCUGAUAAAAUGCAAGGUUUAGCCUUGAAAAUGGGAACCAAAGUCUUGGACGGAGCAGUAAAAGCAUUAAGUUUAGGCACUGUGGAUCCAAAAACUAGUGGCUUGGCUGAUGAUUUAAAAGAUACUACUAAUAAAUAUCUCCAUAAUAAAAAAGGAGAUAAAAGCAAAGACGAACGACAAUCAGAAAGAAAAAAAACUUUGGCUGCUGCUACUAGUAGUAUUAUGCAAACUGUUUUAGGUUCGGUUCCUUCUUUAUUGGAUGCUUCUCAUACUCAUGGAGAUUAUUCAUUAGGAGAGAUUGCUUUACGAUUUGACAGCAUUAAUUUUUGA